AUGAGGGUUUCAUCGCCGUGGAUCAUAUUCUUAUUGGCGCUUACUGACGCAGGAAUUCAUGGGCUAGUGUUCACCAAAAGCCCAGCCAACCUGACAGUGACCCAGGGCAACAUGGCACGUCUGGGUUGUGCUGUUGAGGGCCUGAGCGAGCCGGAUAUCGUGUGGAUGAAAGACGGGGAGAAGCUGUACAGCACAGACCAGAUGUACAUCACCCUGGAGCCAUACCACUGGGAGACCUUCCACAGUGUCAAAUCCGUCCAGCAGCAGGAUGCUGGGAAGUACUGGUGUGAGGCUGAGUCCCGGGGGACCACAGUCUCCUCUAAUCCAGCUUGGAUCACUGUAGAAGGUGUCCCUCAUUUUGUGCUGGAGCCUGAGGAUGUGGCCACCUUUCCAGGGGUUCCCUUUAACCUGAGCUGUGCUGCUGUGGGCCCCCCUGAGCCUGUGGAGGUGCUUUGGUGGCUGGGUGGAGUGCAGGAUGGAGACCCCACGUCCUCCCCCUCUGUCAUCUCUGUCCCUGGAGUGACUGAAAGCAUCAAGUUCUACUGCGAGGCCAAAAAUGCCCGGGGAAUCUCAGUGUCACGCACAGGCACUGUGCAUAUCAAGGUUCUCCCAGAAGCCCCUAGUCUCGUGGAGGUGGUGAAGGUACAAGAGAACAGUGUGACUGUGGCCUGGACCCCUGGCUUCACAGGACACUCUGCCCUGCAGGCCUGCACCAUCCAGAUGUCUGAGAAUUCUGGGAAGAGGGUGGAGCUGCCCGAGAGACAUGUGAUAGUGCCACCCUUCGAGCAGGACAUUGGUGGACUGAAGUGCUACUCACGCUACAGAGUGCGAAUCUGCUGUGACAACGAAGUUGGACGUUCCCCUUUCUCCAGCUGGGUUGACUUCCAGACCCCAGAAGCAGUGCCGUCGGCUGCGCCCCGGAACCUGACCUUUGACCUGACGGAGCAGCAGCUGUCCCUGAGCUGGGCUGCGCUGGAGCAGGAGCAGCUGCGAGGCCGACUGCUGAGCUACAAGGUGCAGUGGAGCCUGGGGGGAGAGAGCCAGGAGGCGCUGCUCUUCAAGGAGAACACGGCCCAUCUGUCAGGAGGGGGGCGCUUUUUCAACGCCACGUUUCAGGUGGCAGCGUGUACUGUGGCAGGGUGUGGCCCCUGGAGCCUCCCGGUCCUGGUGAUGCCCGCCACAGCUGUUCCGCCUCAUGCCCAGAGGGGCCAUGUGUGGGUGGGGCUGCUGCUGGGGCUGCUGGUGGCCACCAUGGUGGGGCUGCUGCUGACCGUCCUGGUGCACCGCAGGGGGAAGGAGACUCAGUUUGGGUCUGCUUUUGAGCCAUCAGGGGCUGAAACAACAGUCUCCUUCACAGCGGCCCGCUCCUUCAACAGACAUGGCCCAGACCUCCCAGAGUCCACCCUGGACUGCCUGGGAAUCAGUGAUGAGCUGAAGAGGAAGCUGCAGGACGUUCUGAUCCCAGAGAAGCUGCUCACUUUGGGACACAUGUUGGGGAAAGGUGAGUUUGGCUCUGUGCGGGAGGCCUUCCUGAAGGGAGAAGACGCCUCUGUACAGAAGGUGGCAGUGAAAGUCCUCAAAACUGAUGUCAACACCUCGGGUGACAUUGAGCAGUGUCUGAAGGAGGCCGCCUACAUGAAGGACUUCCACCACCCCAAUGUCAUCCAGCUCAUUGGGGUGAGCCUGCACCGGCGACCUCAGCAGCGCCUGCCUGUUCCCAUGGUGAUCCUCCCCUUCAUGAAGCACGGGGACUUGCACACCUUUCUGCUGAUGUCACGCCUGGGGGAGGAUCCCUUUGCACUAUCCCUGCAGACUCUAGUCCAGUUCAUGCUGGACAUCGCACGAGGGAUGGAGUAUCUCAGCAGCAAGAGCAUCAUCCACAGAGACCUGGCAGCACGGAACUGCAUGCUGAAUGAGAACAUGACUGUUUGUGUGGCGGACUUUGGCCUGUCUAAGAAGAUCUACAGUGGGGACUACUACCGCCAGGGCUCUGUAUCAAAGCUGCCUGUCAAGUGGAUCGCCCUGGAGAGCUUGGCAGAUAACGUCUACACCACCCAGAGUGAUGUGUGGGCAUUUGGGGUAACCAUGUGGGAGAUCAUGACCCUUGGGCAGACCCCCUACCCUGGUGUUGAGAACUCUGAGAUCUAUGAGUACCUCAUCAAAGGAGGGCGCCUCAAACAGCCACCCGACUGCCGGGAUGACAUCUAUGAGAUCAUGCACAGCUGCUGGAGCCCUGUGCCAAAGUGCCGUCCCAGCUUCCAGCAACUGAUCGACCAGCUGGAAGGGGUGUGGGCGGGGCUGUCGCCGGGGCCCGGUAAGGAGCCGCUGCUGUAUGUGAACCUGGAAGCAGAUGGGUGUGAGGCGGGGGCGGGGCUUGGGGCGGGCUCACUGGGUCUGGAAGAGCUGGGGUGGGCAGUGCCCUGGCAGUGUGCCGGCAUGGAGGAAGACGAGAAGGACUGGCUCGUGGUGGCCUCCGGCGCCGCCCUGGCCAUCGGCGGGGAUUACCGCUACAUCAUCGACCCUCGAAACACCCCGGAUGAAGAUGGGGGCCAGGCUGUGGCUGUGGGGGAACUGGGGGAGGACCCCAGGGAAGAGGAGGAGGAUAUGGUCAUAAACGUGUGAGGCCCCACCCUCCCAAACAGCCAGGCCCACAGACAGACUGCACAGACAGACAGACAGACAGACAGUGGGAGGGAGGAGGCCUGUAUGCACUCCCAAGUUUCAGCAACACAAGCCCCCCGCCCCAGCCUGCAGACUCAAUGGGAAAGGCACUCUGCAUGGAGAGUGGGUCAGUGGGGGAAGCAGACCCAGACUGCACGCCCAACUCCAGUUGUGACAAAAAAUGGCUGCCUUUGGAAAUGUGACUUCAGAACCUGAGACACAAUCAGUUCCACUGACAUGUUAAAUCUGCUGAGUGGGAUGGAUCACACAUAGCCUUGCCUCUGUAGGUUGCAUGGCCCAACAGGGCUGCUACCUAUUUUAUGGCAUUACAUUUUUUCAAGCAUAAUAACAAAAAAUAGAAAGGCACUCACUAAUAGAGAUGGAACACAAUUCCUUUUUCACAGAAUAGGGUGCAUAGUGCAUACUUACAGUUCAUAUCAGAACACUCCCUCAAACGCAUAAGUGUGUCUUAGCCUUCAUAGAGAAAUGUUAAGUACUUAUUUAAAUAUGUAUAGCAACACAGACACACACACAUACACACACAGAACAUAAAAGAGGUCUACUCCAGGUUACUGUUGAAAUUUUAAAAUUACUUGUCUUUUUGUAGAUCUUUGAAAUGAUUUUGAUUUUUGAUUUUUUGUCUCAAACUACACUCUUAAAUCAAUACAUGUUAUACUUGAGACAGAUAUGAAGAUGUGCUUAGAGAAUUUCCCCAGAAUUCAUCAGUCACUGGCACUGAAGGAAACUCUGACGGCCAGAGCUUCAGCCCCAUGCACACCUGACUGGUGGGAUUUCAAGGGACAUGAAUUUGUGAUUUUUGUGUGGGAUCAGAAUGUGUUUUUUUUAUUGUAUGUUACUGGAUGUUAAUUUUCUGCAAACAUUUCUCAUCAUGGAGAAAGUUCUCAUGUGAUAUGUGGUAAAGCUAUGGGCAUUCCUCAGAUUAUGGCUACUGUAGACAGACCAGUUUUAAGAGUGACUGACUGGAGAUAUCAUCAAUAACAAGUUCAUGUUUUAUACUAAAACUACAGUUUUCAAAAUAGAAAAUACAAAUGGUCUUACCCUAUUUUAUCAUAUCCUGUCAAAACCCUAACUCUUUUACAUUUUUUUCUGUCAUAAUUGAUUCAUUUGAAGCAGAACUAUAUUAAUUCCUAUGUCAUUUACAUAUAGUUAUUUUUGGUUUUAAAGGCCCUAGCAUUUUAAGGAAUAUUUAUUACUUUAUUUGGACACCAGUCACUAACGUUCAUUUAUAUGCUGCUCUAUAGAGUGUUGACCACCCAUCAGGAGUAGGUUGACAAGGGAAAGGUUGUGCAGCUGCAAUGACCACAUGGCAACCACACAAACAAGCCAUUGAGAUACUGUAUUGAAAUAUGGGGGUGAGUGAUGCUGAAAUUUAAAAUGACAUUCCCUGUAUCUAAACAAUAAGAAACAACGGGAUGUAUGUUUUCAGUGUAUUCGCACAAAGAUGCUAAGGCUCCUCUAACAUCAGCUCUGAUCUGAGUAAUGAGAGGAAGAACGGUUACACACAUCAAACUUCCUGGUUACACGAGGAGGGAACCUGGAUGGCUGACAUUCACCUGUUCCUGAAUGAAUGGUUGUAGCGUUACAUGUUUUACUGUGAAUGUGGCUGGGAUACAUAAGGGCAGAUAACUUAUUCAUAAUGUACUGUUGUCAAACAGAACAUCAUUUUGUAAUAGCAAAACGGGGUUAUCCCAGGUUUGGAAACUUGCUGUUUUUCUUCAGUUUGGUUCCAGGAGUGAAAAUGAUUGAACAUUUAUAUCUACAAAUUGAUCAUAGUAUUUAUGGAUUUGGAGUUAUUAGAGCAAACUCGGCACUAGCACAGCCUCAGGCACAGGACUAAAAAGACUGAUUUUAAAAAUUAAUUUUCAAUAAAGAAGUUAAAUGGCUUAAGUUGCUCAUCUUGGUUUGACCAGAAUUCAAUGUGUGUGUGUGUGUCUUACACUCAAGAAAACAAAUUUGAGCUAUUAGUCUGUAACAAGACAAUAUGUUCAUUUGUUGCAAAUGGUAAAGUUGUCUUUUUGCACUGUAAAUGGCUAAUCUAACAUUUUGUAUGUUGAUUUAGUGGAAUACUGAGAGAACCAAUAAAAUGAAUAAUUUUCCAUGACAA